CGUCCCAGCCAAGCCAAGAGACAAGCUUCGUCAUCCAUCGGCCCACGCCAUACGUUUGAACUUGACUUGAAAUUUUUACAACUAGAUAAAGUAAUUUUCAAAUAAAUGCCAGGCCUCUGAUCUUUGGCCAAAAACAGAUUUAAUCAAUUAAAUACGCGUUAAAAACAGCAUAAAAUGCAAAUCAUUUGCCAUCAACACCAUCUGCUACUGCUGCUAGGAGUAUGCUUUCUGGUUUUGCUGCAAGGAGCCGCAGCCGGAAAGAUAAAAUUGUUGGCUUUUAAGGGACCCCACGCCGGCUUUGUGGGCCUCAAGGUGCGCACCCCCAAACUGCUGGGUCUGAAGCACGCUCUGGGCGGAGGCGGGCUGGGCGGCGGGGGAGCGGGUUUCGGUGCUGGUAUCGGUGCCAGCAUUGGCGCUGGAAUCGGCGGAGGAUACGGCGGAGGACAUGGCGGAGGAUACGGCGGUGGGUACGGCGGCAGCAGCGGCUAUGAGCACCACGAAUUUCAUGAAAGUCAUCACGAAAGUCAUCACAGCAGUGGAGGAAGCUACGGAGGCGCUGGCUUUGGAGGCGGUGGCUAUGGAGGCAGUAGCUUUGGCGGAGGCCUCUGGGGCAAAUAACAACGAUGUCAAUAGGCCAAUAGAA